AUGUCGUCCAACAAUGAUGCUGUUACAACCCCAAUGAUAGAAAGAAAUCCCAAUGGCCUUCCUGGAAUGGACACCAGUGACCUGAACACAUUGACUGGAGAGGCUGUGUUAAGUUUUCAUAACAUCAGCUAUCGAGAAACAGUGCAGAGUGGCUUUCUAUGUCGUAAAAGAACACAUGUGACAGAAAGAUUAUCAAAUAUUAAUGGGAUCAUGAAACCUGGCCUCAAUGCCAUCAUGGGACCUCAGGACGGGAGCAGAACUUUGUUACUAAAUGUCUUAGCUGGAAGGAAAGAUCCACGUGGAUUAUCGGGAGAUAUUUUGAUAAAUGGAGAACCUCGUCCUGCUAAUUUCAAAUGUACGUCUGGUUAUGUCCCACAAAAAGAUGUGGUGAUGCGCACGGUGACUGUGAGAGAGAAUGUAGAGUUCUCAGCAGCUCUUCGACUUCCCAUGUCUAUGCCAAGAGAUGAGAAAAGAAGGAGAAUUAAUGAGGUCCUUGAACUUCUACAUCUGGAUGGGAAGUCAAAUGUCAAGCCUAGAACUAAGGAGCUUAGGAAGAGGACCAGUAUAGCAAUGGAGCUGGUCACUGAGCAUCCCAUUUUGUUUCUGGAUGACCCAACCACUGGCUUAGACAUGAUAGCUGCUAUUGAUGUCAUCUCAGUCCUGAGAAGAGUUUCCAUGGGGGCACCUCCUUCUUCAGAUUGGGAAAGUUAUAACUGUGAUUACCACAACAAUCCUGCAGACUUUUUCCUGGACAUCAUUACUGGAGGUUUCUCUGCUAUAUUAGACACAGAGGAAGAUGACCAUGAAUUCAACAAAUAUAAAGAGCUUUCUGAAGGACAGCGCCAAGUCACAAAAAACUUAACCAAUAUGUAUGCCCAGUCCUCCUUAUAUAGCAGAGUAAGAACUGAACUGGAUAUACUCUUAGAGGAACAGAAUUCAGGGAGGAGCUCAGCCUUAGAGGAGAUCACGUGUGCCACCCCUUUCUGGCAUCAGCUCUGGUGGAUUAUCUGUUCUUCGUUCAAAAAUUUCCUGGGAUUUUCAUGGGUCAUUGUGAUUCAGGUAAUUAUCACAGUCAUAAUGGCCAUAUUUGUGGGAAAAACUUUCCAUUUCCUACAAAAUGAUUGUUAUGAAGCCCAGAUAAGACAUGAGCAUGCCAGUGGAUACUACAGAAUGUCAUCAUAUUUCUUUGCGAAAUUGUUAGCUGAACUGGUAUCCAGGAGGUUAUUGACAAGAAUUAUAUUCACUGUUACAGUACUCAGCAUAGCAGGAAACAUAACAGAUGUGAAGGUAUUCUUCCGUAUGUUAUUUACCAUCAUGAUGUUGGCUUAUUCUGCCAGUUACCUGAGAUAUAUAGGAGCAGGGGAGAAUGCAACAGCUGUACCAAGAAUACUUUUGGCGUUCUACUUUGUGUCCAUUCUGCUUUCCUUAUUUCUGGAAAUAUAUUCAGUAACCUUACAACCUGGGCUUUCACUCUUGAAAUACAUUAGCAUUCUUCAUUAUGGAUACACAGCUCUGCUGCACAAUGAAUUCUUGGGACAAAACUUCUGUCCAGAAGACAAAAGAGCAGAAAUCAGUAGUUGUCAGAACUAUGUAAUAUGUACUGGUGAAGAAUUCUUGAUGAUCCAGGGCAUUGAUCUCUCACCAUGGGGCUUUUGGCAGAAUCAUGUGGCCUUAUCUUGUAUAAUGAUUAUCCUCUUAUCAAUUACUUAUAUGCAGUUAUUACCACAGAAGAAAGUAGGCAUUCUUAAGUCUGGCUGGAGGAAGUUUCAACAGUUGUUUAAAUAG